AUGGAACAUCAACUUGCACCUUUUCUUUCUGAAAUACCUCCGGCAGUGCCAAUUAUCAAUGGAGAUCCCAUGUACCCUAUGGAGAAUUACAUUCUGGACCCCAACGCCAUGGCAGCAUAUCCUAAUUAUUCACACACCAUGAAUCAACCCAAGAUAUAUAAUACCUGGCCUUCUUGUCCCCAAUACUGGACUCAAAUUGUAAUCGUUCAAGUUAAUCCUGGAGAGGUCCUUACGAUAAAAGCUGAUGAUGGGUCCUUUCAGCACAUUCAAGGACCAGCAGACGUACCUCUGAUAGCACCAACCGGUAAUUUGCCACCAAUAUACCUUCCUCCUGGUUACAUAUCUCAGGUGGUGGAUGAAAACGGAAUUCAAAAAAUCAUCGUUGUGCCUCAGACACUUGACUACCACAUGCCCCUGACUGCUCCUGUGCAGCAGCUCUCACCCUUCAUAGCACCGCCACCGCUGACAUUCCCUCAGGCCUCUCAGCUUAUGUAUCCCCCAAUUCACGGGGAAUUCCCAAUACCUUACUUCCAAGAAGCUGCUCCGCAGCAGAUGCCACCACCUCUAGCACUACCACCACCACCGCUGCGACCACCACCAGCAACAUUUAUAUACCAGGAGCAUCAUGAAACCUAUACUCAUGGAAGAGUAAAUCAUAACCAGUUUCAUGAGAGGACUGUUAAAAUGGGAGAAUAUUCAAAGAAGAAAAUGAGAGAUCAUCAAUUUGGUGAACAGAAGACUAGCUCCAUGUUUAAUGACACUUCUUUGCUUCUGAACAAAGUCAUUGACAUGUCCGGUACUUUUAGUUCUCUUUGUCCUUACACUGUGGUGGAUACUCCUCCAGGCAUUAACACUGAUAACAAUACUUCAAGCACUUGCUCUCUGAAUGCUGUCUUAAGCACUUGCACCAUUGACAAUACUCCAAAAACCUACAUUGCCGACACUCUUCCAGACAUUAACACUACUGACACAAUCACUAGUUCCUCUGAACAUACCCCUAGCACUUCUACCUCAAACGCUACUCUUUGCUCUGACAUCAUUAAUAGUGCUCCAGGUCCUUCCAGAAUUGCUCAGGAUCCAGUCACCUCUGAUGGAACUCAAAAGUCAUCAAAUACCGAGAGUACUCCAAGCUAUAUUUCUGAGAGUGAUCGCAACAUUUUCAUCUCUGAAAACACUCAUCUCCCCUCUUCAAUUAAUAAUGUGUUCAGACCUUCUGGUGCUGCCAGCAUUUCCAAUAAUACCAGGGCUUAUACUGAAGAUAAUCAUGGAACGAGAGAGAAUAAUGUGGAAGGUGAAGACAAUAAGCAGAUAUCAGGUGGAAAACAAAGGAAGAAUGAGUCGACAAAUGCCAUACUACAAGAAAACAAUACAGAAUACAGAGCACAGCCCUGCUGUUCCAACCUUGAAAAGCCUGUGGUUUCUAAUAUCCAAACAAGAUCUGCUACUAUUUCAUGGAAUCUGACCUGUACUGAAAAAUGUGAUCAUAUUAAUUCUCCUGUGACAUUUGAAGUGGCACUGUCUAGCAAUGGUAAAAAUGGAUUCUAUAAAAACAUUUAUAAUGGUAAUGAGGGUACUGUGGCCCUACAUCAUCUCCAGCCCUGCACAGUCUACUUUUUAAGAGUUACAACCAUAAGAGACACAGAGCACAGAAAUGUGUCUGAAGUGGUUAGUUUCACAACACGUGGCUGUGAACCAGACCCUCCACUUGCACCUAAACUAAUUAGCAGAACCAAGAACAGCCUGAAUCUGCAGUGGAAAGGUUCCAAAGAUAAUGGAUCCAAAAUAAGCAGCUUUCUUUUGGAAUGGGAUGAGGGUAAAGGUGAAGAGUUCAAAAGUUGCUACAGUGGUCCCACUAAACAGCACAAGAUCUUUAAACUGACUGCUUCUACGAAGUAUGCAUUCAGAUUAGCUGCCAAAAAUCACUUCGGCUCCAGUAAUUACAGUGAAAUAGCCGUCUUCCACACAUCAGGAAACACACCUCCGGCACCGCUGCCUCCUAAGUUGAAAGAAGCAGGAGUCUAUAGUUUGUCACUGGAAUGGUGUGCCCCAACAAACCCAAACCCAAAUGACACUCUUACUUAUGUCCUCGAGAUGGAAGAACCAAGAUCUGGAUUGGGUUUUAAACCUAAAUACAAUGGAGAAGAUCUCUCGUGCAUUGUAAAAAAUCUUCAGAGAAAUACUACAUACAAGUUUCGGAUUUUUGCCUACAAUCUGGAAGGAAGAAGCAACCCCAGUGGAGAAGUAAAAUAUUCUACUUGUCCAGCCAAGCCUGGAUACCCUAAAAAACCUUAUGUAGUGGGAGCAAUCCAUGCACGCCAAGUAAAAAUUGGCUGGGACUCCCCCAGAGACAAUGGUGGGAUGCACAUUUCAAGUUACAGUUUAGAAGUCAGUGAAAAUUCAGAUGGUGCAAAUCUUUGGAAGAUAAUCUACAAUGGCACUCUCCAGGAAUUUCUGUACGAUGGCCUCCAACCAGGCACCACAUAUAAACUGAGAGUCUUUUGCACUUCACCUGUAGGCCAAAGCCAGCCUUCUGAUGUAUUGACAAUUCAGACACCCACUCUACCUCCUGCGUCUUGUCGCUCACUGCCCUUAAACAGUAAAACCAAGUGCAAAGACAUAAACCUUGACAAUCGCUCCGUUAAUGGGAACUUGGAAACAGUCGUGCGUGGCAAAAAAGCAAAAGGUCCCCGGAAUGACAGAAAGGAGUACUCUGGCUCCAAAAAGAAAUGUAAACUUGGAUCUCAUUCUAUGAAGUGUGGAACUGUACCAGCCCGGCACCCUCCUUCUCAGUGUGGUACACCUGUGCUAACCUGCAAGGGUCCAACCUGUGUUGUUGUCAGUUGGGAGAUUCCUAAAUGCAAUGGUGCUGAAAUCACCGAUUACCGACUGCAGUGGGGACAAGUUGAAGAUUCCAUGCACUUGAUUUACACUGGCCCUUGUUUGCGGUAUGAAGUCAAAGGCCUUAUUCCAGCAACCACGUAUUUUUGCAGAGUCCAGGCUGUCAAUAUAGUUGGGGUUGGAAUGUUUGGAGGAACUGGAAAAGUAACUACACCGGGAACUGUACCUGCCAUAGUUCCAAUGUUACAAGAAGUUGAAGACAAAGUUCCUGCCAAACUGUCUUCAUCUUGCAUAGCUAUCCGAUGGGAGGAGCCAGACUGCCAUGGUUCUCCCAUCACUGGAUAUAACAUCGAGUAUGGAGAUAAAAAAAUCUUGACUGUUGAUAGAGUAACAGAGUAUGUUCUGAAAAAUCUACAGCCUAAUACUACAUACAGAAUCAGAAUUCAAGCUAUUAAUCAUUACGGACUAAGCCCUUUUAGCCCAUCAAUAAGAAGCAAAACCAAACCAAUACUACCCGCACCUCCACAGCUUGAUUGUGUGGUCCAAGGACACCAGAGUCUCAGACUCAAAUGGGGGAAUGCAUCACGGAAAAAAUCACAUGCCAACUCUAUAAGCUACAACUUACUAAUGGAAGAUCGAUCUGGCAGAUUUUCUGUCAUUUACCAUGGGCCUGAUCUGACUCACAAAGUGCAAAAAUUGAGUGAAUAUACACAAUACAAGUUUAAAAUCCAGGCAUGUAAUGAAGCUGGUGAGGGACCACAGUCUGAUGUCUACACUUUCACUACAACAAAAACCCCACCUGGUGCUCUUAAAGCCCCUAAAUUACAUCCACUGAAAAGCAACAGUUGUGAGAUCAAAUGGGAUUCCUUGGAGCCAAUUAAAGGUGAUCCCAUUGUUUACUGUCUUCAAGUCGUCACUGGAAAGAAAGCUGAACAGAUUUACAAAGGACCGAAUACCACCUUUUCCUUUUCCAACUAUCUUGCAAAUUCAAGAUAUCGCUUCAAGGUCUGUGCCGGACGCCAAUAUGAAAAUUCUGAUGGCAUACAAGAGCUCUGGGGGCCAUAUAGCUCCAGCUCACUUUUGUCAACUUAUAAGCAUCAGUCUGGGCAUGGCAAAGGGAGUGGAGGGAAAGGAAGAGGGAACCACAAUGACAAUGAAAAGUACAAGACAGAAAUGAGUGAUGAUACCUUUGUUUUAACCCUUCUGAUAGGAUUUGCACUUAUUGCCAUUUUGUGUGCUGUUGCAAUUCAGUACUUCCUGAUCAACUAG